AUGACUCAUUCCUACUUACAAUCAUCGGUUGCAGCUUGCCGUGAACAGAUUGCCGAGAAUGCCCUACCCCUCAUUCCUGCUGGCUCACGAUUACUAGUGCACUCGAGGUCACGCUGCGUUCUGACCGUGCUCCGUGCGGCGGCUGCCCGUAUGCCAGGCCUUACUUGUCUCAUUACCGAAUCUCGACCAGAGAAUUCUGGAUUACAAAUGUUUCGUGAGCUGACUGCCAGCUUGCCUGCCCCUUCAUGCCAAUUGAUCCCAGAUGCAGCUGUUGCCUACUUUAUGCCUCAAGUGGACGCUGUGCUUCUUGGAGCUGAGGCUGUGGUUGAGAGUGGAGGCGUGCUUAAUCGCCUUGGAUCUGCUACUGUAGCAAUAGUGGCGGCUGAGUGCGGAAAGCCGCUUUACGUAAUGGCAGAAUCCUUCAAAUUCCUGCGUUGCUUCCCACUCGAUCAGUUACAUAUUCCUGAUCAUUUUAAAUGGCCACAUUCAGCGAAGAGAAGCUCUGCGAAACAGGAUUCUCAGCUAUCGGCCUUAACGCCCAGCUCUGGAGAUCUUGGAAUCUCUGCUGACUCUGAAUCUCAGCACUUUACAACUAAGUCUGAAGUUAAUUUUAAGGAAGCAUCCGAUGCCUGGGAGCGAGUGAUAAAGUUACGCGGUCUCGAAGCAGUCGAGCAUAAGCUGCUUCUUCCCGUUGUUGACUAUACUAGCCCUCAAUUUGUCACCUUUCUUGUCACCGAUUUGGGCGUACUCACGCCAUCAGCUGUCAGUGACGAGCUUAUUAAGUUAUACCUUUAA